UGCAAUACCUCUCCCCGGAUGUUUAUAGAUUCUUUUAUUGCCAUUUAUCACGAUGAUCCACCAAAACAACACUUAUCAUUCCAGUGUACAUUGUACAUUGUUUCCUGCAAACUCGUCCCAAAACAGAACCAUUGUUUAGAGCACAAACUAAGCAUAUAUCGCGGCCAACAUACAACACCACCUACCCCAUUGUACAACAUAUGUUCCGAUGGCUAUCGAAAACUAGUGUCCAGCACGCAACACGCACGCAACUCCCUACCGACUGGAUGCUAGUAGUUGCCAGUGCUGCCGUCCUUCGCGGCAGAUGAUUCCGUUCCGUGCUAACAACAUGUGGUACUACCACCUCAUUAUACUGUGGCUUACCGUGCUGAUCUACACUGCAAACAGCAUUUGGGUGGUGGAGAUCAACAAGUUGCAUAAAUCGUGCGAAAACCCUAGCAAACGUGCUCCCUUCCCGCUCGAUAUGUCCAAGGUGCAGAUCUACCUGUCGGAGGAGGACAAGCUGGUGUUGAACGGUGAGGUGACGUUCACGCAGGACAUCUUUCCACCGUGGGGGAUUUCGAUCUACACCCACAAAUUGGACCACGGCGAAUGGACCCCGACGGCGUACACCAAGAGCGCCUUCAAUCUGUGUCUGGAGAUGCACGCGAGCCACGAAAUUUGGUACAUCAUUACGAAGCAAUUGAACAAAACCAACUGUCCUUAUCGGAAGGGUUAUGUCGAAAAGUUCGACAUGGUUGACAUCGGAAGUUUCGGUUUCGAUGAUGUGCUGCAGGACCUUGUCGGGGAUUGGAGAAUUUUUGUCGACUUUAGAUUGGGUUCGGUACCGCACAAGCUGCAAAUUUCCUGUAUGAUGUAUGAAAUUUCCAUACUAGAACACUGACAAACACACAUAAAAAGGAAGAAUCUCACCAAAAAGGUGCUUAAUUUAUCUGUAAAAGUUGGCAGCAACAGGAGUGCUGCUUUGAAAUUCCCAAAAGAAAGACAAAAUAAAUGUUCUAAAUU